AUGUCCUGGAAGCUCACUAAAAAGUUGAAGGAGACGCACCUGGCACCCUUGACCUCAUCAUUUGGCCGGUCGUCGUCUACUUCGACGAUCAAGGGUGACUCGAAUGGUGAUGAGGCUGUGACACCUGUGGCCUCCAACCCGCCCAGUAUUGCCUCCGCCACCCCCUCAACGAACGGCAUCGGAAUUCUCAUUGUCACCCUCCACGAAGGACGCAAUUUUUCGCUGUCACCUCACUUCCAACAGAUCUUCAAUUCGCAUUUCCAAAAUAACUCUUACUCGCCUUCUUCUCUACGCCCAAGCACUUCUUCUUCAUCACAUUCAACUCAAAACCAAGCGGGUUCCUUUGUGCAGUCCGGCCGACCGCAGUCCACAAGUGGGGGAAUCAAUGCGGCCCCCACUAUCCACGGUCGCUAUUCCACAAAAUACCUUCCAUAUGCUCUCCUUGAUUUCGAAAAGAACCAGGUCUUCGUGGAUGCUGUGUCGGGAACUCCAGAGAGCCCAUUGUGGGCUGGAGACAACACAGCCUUCAAGUUCGAUGUGUCCCGGAAGACCGAGUUGAGUGUACAGUUGUAUCUGCGCAACCCUGCAGCCCGGCCUGGUGCUGGACGAAGUGAGGACAUCUUCUUGGGCGCAUGCAAGGUCAACCCCCGCUUCGAAGAGAGCCAGCCGUAUGUGGACGAUCCGAAACUCAGCAAGAAAGACAACCAGAAGGCUGCCGCAGCUCAUGAUGAGCAAGGGCGUCAACUAGGCCAGCAGGGUGCUGAGUGGCUGGAUCUCCAAUUCGGUGUUGGUUCAGUCAAGAUUGGUAUUUCAUUUGUGGAGAACAAGCAGCGGAGUCUCAAGUUAGAAGACUUUGAUUUGCUCAAGGUUGUGGGCAAGGGUAGUUUCGGCAAGGUCAUGCAGGUCAUGAAGAAGGAUACUGGUCGGAUCUACGCCCUGAAGACAAUUCGCAAGGCUCACAUUAUCUCGCGAUCGGAAGUCACACACACACUUGCCGAACGAUCGGUUCUUGCACAGAUCAACAACCCAUUUAUUGUUCCACUCAAGUUUUCGUUCCAGUCACCUGAGAAGUUGUACUUCGUGCUGGCAUUUGUCAACGGCGGAGAGUUGUUCCACCAUUUGCAAAGGGAGCAACGAUUUGAUAUCAACCGAGCUCGUUUCUACACUGCAGAGUUGCUGUGCGCUCUCGAGUGUCUGCACGGCUUCAAGGUUAUCUACCGAGAUCUGAAGCCUGAGAACAUUCUGCUCGAUUACACCGGGCAUAUCGCUCUUUGCGAUUUCGGUCUCUGCAAGCUGGAUAUGAAGGACGAAGACCGAACCAAUACGUUCUGUGGAACUCCUGAAUAUCUCGCUCCAGAACUUCUGCUCGGCAACGGCUACACCAAGACCGUGGAUUGGUGGACUCUCGGCGUCUUGCUCUACGAGAUGUUGACAGGCCUGCCUCCAUUCUACGAUGAAAACACGAACGAAAUGUAUCGUAAGAUCCUGCAAGAGCCUCUGACCUUCCCCAGCAGCGACAUCGUCCCACCUGCUGCCCGAGAUCUUCUCACUCGAUUGUUGGACCGUGACCCCGUGCGCCGACUGGGUGCCAAUGGUGCUGCGGAGAUCAAGUCUCACCACUUCUUUGCCAACAUUGACUGGCGCAAGCUUCUCCAGAGGAAGUAUGAACCCAGCUUCCGACCAAACGUGGUGGACGCCCGCGAUACUGAAAACUUCGAUGUUGAAUUCACCAGGGAGGCACCCCAGGACUCAUAUGUUGAUGGCCCCGUCCUAUCGCAAACCAUGCAGCAACAGUUCGCCGGAUGGUCAUACAACCGACCUGUGGCUGGCCUCGGUGAUGCAGGCGGCAGCGUUAAAGACCCGUCCUUCGGUAGCAUCCCGGAAUAG